CUCCGUGUCCGGCUGACGGACAGACGGAUCGUCGCUGCCAAUUCCUCAUCAUUAUUCCUCUGAGUAGGAGCUGAUCUCUUGUGGAAGAUGACUACGUUCAAAACACUGGCAAGACUGGAAGGAGUUUACAGAAAUGCCCAUGCAGCCUACAGAGUUCAUUUAAGCGGCACCUCUCAGCCUCUCAAGCUGUUCGGCUGUUUCUUCUCCAGCUCCACAAAGAGACCAGUGCAGUUCUACAGUGAUCCAAUAGAGGCGGUCAAGGACAUUCCAGAUGGUUCCACAUUGCUUGUGGGAGGUUUUGGUUUGUGCGGCAUCCCCGAGAACCUGAUAAACAGCUUAAUGAAGACUGGGGUGAAACAUCUCACGGCUGUCAGUAACAAUGCAGGUGUGGAUAACUUCGGACUGGGCCUGCUUCUGAGGACCAAGCAAAUAAAGCGCAUGGUGUCAUCCUACGUGGGGGAGAACAUGGAGUUCGAGAGGCAGUACUUGGCUGGAGAGCUGGAGGUAGAGCUCACACCGCAGGGCACAUUGGCGGAGAGGAUUCGAGCUGGGGGGGCUGGCGUUCCUGCCUUUUUCACGCCUACAGGUUAUGGAACGCUGAUUCAGGAAGGAGGCUCACCCAUCAAAUACAACAAAGAUGGCACUGUGGCUAUUUCAAGCAAAAAACGAGAGGUCCAAGAAUUCGACGGUCGCUUUUACGUCAUGGAGAGAGCCAUCAGGGGAGACUUUGCACUGGUUAAAGCCUGGAAGGCAGACAAAGCUGGAAACAUUAUUUUCAGGAAAACAGCGAGAAACUUCAAUCAGCCCAUGUGUAAAGCAGCCAAAGUUACAAUCAUUGAGGUGGAGGAAGUCGUGGAUGUUGGGGAUUUUGCAGCAGAAAACGUUCACAUACCCAGUAUCUAUGUGGACAGGAUUGUGACCGGGGGCAGCUAUGAGAAGAGGAUAGAGAAGCGUAUUGUUAAGAAGGAUCAGGUUGCACCCAAGCCCAAGAAUGAGUCGGACCUGGUACGUGAGCGCAUCAUCAGGAGGGCAGCGCUGGAAUUUGAGGAUGGCAUGUAUGCCAACCUUGGCAUUGGGAUUCCCAUGCUGGCCAGUAACUUCAUCAGCCCGGACAUCACAGUUCAUCUGCAGAGUGAGAAUGGGAUUCUGGGAUUGGGUCCUUACCCCACAGAAGAACAAGUGGAUGCAGACCUCAUCAAUGCUGGCAAAGAAACAGUGACCGUGCUGUCGGGGGCAUCCUACUUCUCCAGUGACGAGUCCUUUGCCAUGAUCAGGGGGGGGCAUGUCAACCUCACCAUGCUGGGUGCCAUGCAGGUCUCGCGCUACGGUGACCUGGCCAACUGGAUGAUCCCGGGUAAGAUGGUCAAGGGCAUGGGCGGGGCUAUGGACUUAGUAGCAAGUGCUGGUACCAAAGUGGUUGUCACCAUGGAACACUCUGCUAAGGGUGGGAAGCACAAAAUCCUGGAAAAGUGCAGCUUGCCACUGACAGGGAAGCAGUGUGUGGACCGGAUCAUUACAGAGAAGGCCGUCUUUGAUGUGGACAAAAAGAGUGGCCUGACCCUCAUUGAGCUGGGGGAGGGGCUAAAAGUGGAUGAAGUCAGGAAAUGUACCGGCGUAGACUUUGCGGUAUCUCCAAACCUGGGGCCGAUGAAGCAGAUUUAAAUGUAGAAACUGAGCAGAGCAACUUGAAGACUCAUCAUACGGGAACGAGGACGUCACCACUGGCGCUGAUGUCCGGGCCGAGCUCCCCUGAGCCUCAGCUGCCCCGUGUGAGAGUCACUGCAUUAGGGAGGCUGCACAGUGCUGAGAUGUCCGACUCCCACUCAGCUCAGCACCCUUCCCUGGACCAAAAGACGAUACAUGAUAAAAUUUGCUGUUUUAUUUUGGUUUUGGAAUUAAGUUUCCAUGUGACCUGUAGCUAUGUUUUUGUGAACAGAUUCUCAGCAGUAAAAUAUUAAGAUUAUACAGAUAAUCUAGUUUCUUCUCCACAUUAUUUUAUGACAUGAAGUACAUUUCACACAUUAAAUGAUGUGUGAAAGUGGUCAGUGUGCUUGUCUCACCUGACACUGCCAGCAGCAGUGAGAGAGAAAGGCAGGGGAGCAAUAACUGACACCUAAGCACAGGAGAAAUAUCCUGCCCGCCCCUGUCGCACUGCACGCCCCCUGCUGGCCAUGUACGUAACACACCUGAACACCAUGCACACUGGCUUAUAGGCAUUACAGACCUUCUGUAUUUAAAAAAUAUUUUGUGUAUUUCCUGACUGUUAAAAAUUCCAAAUUCAAGCUGGUUAAAUUGAAUUAUCUUUGUAUAUUGAGCAGACAAUGUUUCACAUAUGAAGUUGAUUAAUUAAAUGCAUAAUUGUUAGCCUAAAUGGUCAUUUUUUGUCUUUAAUAACAGUUUUAAUAAUUUUAUUGUCUGCAUAAAAUAACAUUAAAGUAACAUUAUUUCCAGAAAAGAACAGGAGUAACAACAGCGAAGAACGCAAUGAGCAAAGCUGGGGUCAGUGAAACUGCCAUAUAUGCAUAUUACUCAGCAAAUGAAAUAAAAAUAAAAAAAACUCUUAA